CUGACAUUGUAAGGUUAUCAUUCAAAACAUUUCACACGUGUUUUUUCAAAGUAAAAAAGUUUCAAAAACACGAUGGGGAAGAAGUCUUCUUGUGAAAUAAUCCUCGGAAGUUACGAAGAGUUUAUCCUAGGUUUCAAAUACAACAAAAAAGAAGAAGAAGCCCAGCAAACUUUUGCAGUUCACAGCCAUGCCGGUAGCAUUCGCUGCGUGACAACAUGCUUAGAUUUACUAGCUUCAGGCGGUGCAGACGACCGUAUCGUCGUUUACAAUCUAAAAACCCGAAAAGAACAUUGUCUCCUCACCCAUCACAAUGGAACAGUCAACUGUCUACAAUUCACUGAAGAUCACACACAUCUCAUCAGUGGAGGCCAAGAUGGCAUGCUUGCCAUCAUCAGAGUAGGAAACUGGCAAUUAGAGAAAGUUUGGGAGAAUGCACACAAAGGUGCUGCCAUUCUAGACAUUGCCUUACAUUCAUCUGGCAAAUUAGCACUCACACUUGGUGCAGAUUCCACUUUAAGAACAUGGAAUCUUGUCAAAGGUAGACAAGCAUAUGUUAUCAACUUAAACAGCAAAUCAAAGGAACCCAAAUGUCUACACAGCAUUAAAUGGGCUCCUGAUGGACAAAGAUUUGUGUUAGUAGGCAGUACUUAUACAGAUAUAUGGAGUAUAGAUUCAGGUGGAGUGUUAAAAUCAAUUAAACAUGAAUAUAAAGUUGCCAGUUGCAUUUGGCAGUCAGAUGAGAAACUGAUAGUUGGUUAUGAAGAAGGUAAAUUUGCAAUUGUCAAUGUUGGGUCACCAACAGAUGAAGAUGAUCAGAUUAUUGUACAUGAUGGUCAUUCAAGUAGAGUUAAAUGUAUGGCAAUGCAUGGGAAUAAAUUAGUAACUGCCAGUAGCACAGGAGAGAUAAAAGUGUGGAGUGCAAAGUUAAAACAACUUUGUGUGGCUAAUGCAGGCUGUAGAUUUACUUGUAUGUGUUUGGUUUCAAUGGAGAAUGAAAAAGUUGAUGAAAGUUUAGUUGUGGAGGAAGAAAUUGAGGAAAUUAAUGAAGAGGAGAUUGUUGCAAAGGGUAAAAAAAAGAAAAAACGUGUUUCUAUUAUUAUUGAGGAUGAAGAAGAGAAGAUUAAGGUUAAAAAAGGUAAAAAGAAGCUUAUUGAGGAGGAUAAUGAUGAUGAAGUGAUUGUUAUCAAAGAAAAGGAUGAAAUUAAGCCUAAAAAGCAAGAUAAAAAGGUUAAAAAGCCACAAAAGAAGAAAUUGAAGCAAAAAGUUUGUUAAUUAAGCAGAAAUAAAUCUUGUUUGACUUUUUUUUUGGUAAAA